CAGCCGGGUCCUUCUUCCCCCUGCUGCAGCCGGUGCUCUGGAAGGUUCUAGCCGGAGCUAGUGGCGACGCCUCAAUCUGAGUCCAUCCGAAGCCGAACCGCGGUGUUCCAGCUCCCGGACUCAUCAGUCCCACUGCCAAGACUUCCCUUAACAUUUCCCAUCGAUUAGAAAGAGGCGAUGCCCGAAGCGAUGGCUGCACCGAAAGUCUCAAGCGGAGGCAAAAACAAAGGAGGGGCGUAUGUGGACCGCGACAAGCCGGCCCAGAUUCGGUUCAGUAACAUCUCUGCUGCCAAAGCUGUUGCAGAUGCCAUCAGAACAAGUCUGGGACCAAAAGGCAUGGACAAGAUGAUCCAGGAUGAGAAAGGCGAUGUGACCAUUACCAACGACGGGGCCACCAUCCUGAAGCAGAUGCAGGUGCUCCACCCUGCUGCCAAGAUGCUGGUGGAACUCUCCAAAGCCCAGGAUAUCGAGGCUGGUGACGGCACCACUUCUGUUGUAGUGAUCGCUGGAGCUCUGCUGGAUGCCUGCUCCAAGUCCCGUCGGUCAGGUAUCCACCCGACCACCAUCUCCGAGUCCUUCCAGAAGGCUGUGGAUAAGGGUGUCGAGGUGCUGACAGCCAUGAGCCGGCCGGUGCAGCUGAGCGACCGCGAGACGCUGCUCAACAGCGCCACCACGUCGCUGUGCUCUAAGGUGGUGUCGCAGUACUCCAGUCUGCUGGCACCCAUGAGUGUGGAUGCUGUCAUGCGAGUCAUCGAACCAGCCACAGCCACCAGCGUCGACCUGCAGGACAUCAAGAUCAUCAAGAAGCUCGGAGGGACCAUCGAUGACUGUGAGCUGGUGGACGGCCUGGUGCUGACGCAGAGGGUGUGCAGCACCGGUGUGACCCGGGUGGAGAAGGCCAAAAUUGGCCUGAUCCAGUUCUGCCUGUCCCCUCCCAAAACCGAUAUGGACAACCAGAUCGUGGUGUCGGAUUACGCCCAAAUGGACCGCGUGCUGCGAGAGGAGCGUGCUUACAUCCUCAACAUGGUGAAACAGAUCAAGAAGGCCGGCUGCAACGUGCUGCUCAUCCAGAAGUCCAUCCUCAGAGCUCUGAUAGCUGGCGGCGGUGCUCCAGAGAUCGAGCUGGCCGUGCGUCUGGCAGAGUAUUCUCGCACCCUGGGCGGUAUGGAGGCCUACUGCGUGCGGGCGUACGGCGACGCCCUGGAGGUCAUCCCCUCAACGCUGGCCGAGAACGCCGGUCUGAACCCCAUCUCCACCGUGACGGAGCUCCGCAACAGACACGCACAGGGAGACAAGAUGGCCGGCAUCAACGUCCGCAAGGGAGGAAUCUCCAACAUCCUGGAGGAGCUGGUGGUGCAGCCUCUACUGGUUUCCAUCAGCGCUCUGACUCUGGCCACAGAGACGGUCCGCAGCAUCCUCAAGAUCGACGACGUGGUGAACACCCGAUAAGUCUGUCCAGUGAGUUCUGUCAGUAAGCCUGCUCGUACUGCGAGGGAUCAGAGGACUCUGUCGACAUCCGUCUGUCCAGAUUUCCACUGUAGUUGUUACGUUGCCUAAUUUAAUAAACAAAGGCUUGUUUUUUUGUUGACACUCCA